CAGCAGUUAGCCAAUUAUCUGUGUCAAGUACAACCCGGUGGGCUACAGAAACCACACCUUCUAGGCCUCGCCAUAGGGACCGGGAGAAGAUGAUGAACGGCUCCCUAUACGAGGACACGUCAAACAGUAGGUCGAGCCUGGACACGGUGGCCACCAGUCAACAGCAGGGACCGCUGCACAUUCCAGCCAAGAGAGUGACCGCUACAAGUUUGGCAGUGUCGUACAGCCACCCCGAAUGCGGAGGAGUGGACACGACUUCGGCUGGUGUGAUACGUCACAGCCACAGCGGUCAGACGUGGGGAUAUCCCUCGGACACUCACGCAGCAUUCGAUCACUCGCAGUACAAUCAGACCUUGUGUAAUGUGCGCGAGAGCAUGGCACCCGGAUACUACUACAAUGACCAUCCUGGCAGAGUGACUGCCGACCGAAAACCGCCACCAAUCAAGCUAUGGUCGAACAGCCCGUACGACUUACCCAGUGCAGGACCGAGCAGCGUAACACCUGCGGACACGUGUCAGACAUUCGCACCACAAACAUGGUGCAACUACGCACCGUACGGCGGCAGGGUGGCAAGUCACAUGGAGGCUCACGGACCCCAGCCCGUGCCGUACAUCACGAGCGACGACAGAACGAGACAGACCAUGGAGGCUUUCACCCACACGGAUGGAUAUUCUCUACGUCCCUUUGCAGGAGCCGAAACCCACGCACCAAUGCCAUACAUGACUGCAGGAGCUGUGGAUGCUUUAACAUCCAAUCCAUUGGAGUGGACAGGUAAUGUUACAGUUAGGAAGAAACGCAAACCUUACUCCAAAUUCCAAACACUGGAACUGGAAAAGGAAUUCCUCUUCAACGCUUAUGUAUCGAAACAGAAACGAUGGGAACUUGCACGUAAUCUUAACUUAACAGAAAGGCAAGUUAAAAUAUGGUUUCAAAACAGAAGAAUGAAAAGUAAAAAGAAUUCACAGCGUAACGCAGAAAACAAUCAAAAUGCAAACGGUUUGGCCAAUGGUCAAACACCAAGUGGUGCCAAGUGACCCCCUCACGUGUAAAACAAUUUUUUGAUCAUUUCUCUGGAAAGACACCACACACAAAAACAAAACACACAUCCCCUAAACCCCCUUAAAACAACAGAAAAAAAACAAAAGAAAAAAAAAAGGUUUAUGUGUUGUGAUUUCUUUGUGAAAGAAGAGAAACGUCACAUCUCGCUCCCCCCCUUUAAAACACUACUCCCCCAAAUUUAAGAGAUAUAUAUUAAAUCAUUUCUGACAGAGUUAAUGUGUUAAUUUAAUAAAAAAAAAGGAAAAAAACCAUCUCAUUUAUCAUUUUUUGUAUAGUAUAUAUACACACACCUUUGUUCAUCAGAGUCAUAUUUGUGGCAAAGUGCAGUACUUAUGAUCAUUGUAAUCAAGACCAUGCUGAAGAGUGCCCAUGGAGAGAGAGAGAGAGAGAGAGAGAGAGAGUGGUUUUUCUGAUGUUUAUAUCUUAUGUGCCAACACGUAGUUCUCAUAGGAGGGCUCUAGAAUAUGAAGAAACUCGUACUGUAGAAGGGGGGGUGUUCAACUUUGUUAUUGUAGUCAGGGACUUUGUGACAUAAAGGCCCAAUGGGGAUCUAAUUCUUUGUGUUAAAGAUAUGGGGCCUUAAUAUAUAUAUAAAAAUAUAAUUGAAAAAAAAAAACAUUCAACAAGGCUCAUGGGCAUAA